AUGGAAAGAGAAAUAUAUGCUAAAAAAAAAUAAUUUGAACAAAAUAAAAAAGAUUAUUUAAGAUUAUAAUAAUAGGAUGCUUAAUAGAUUGAAAUAUAAAACGAAAGAAAGUAAAAAAUUAAACUUUAGAAACAGUAAACAGCUAUGAAAUUAAAGGAAAUAAUUUUGAAUACUUAAGGAAUACUUUAAGUUGGACUUUUGGUUGAUGUAACAGGAUCUAUGGAUAAAUAUAAAGACGCAACAAUGAAUAUUAUUUAAAGAUCCAUGGCUUGUAUUAAAGAUUAAACUAAUAGAGAUUGUGAAUGGGGAGCUGUUUGCUAUUAAGAUUUUGCAGAAUUAAGAUAAAAAGGUUAAUAUAUAUAACAUAAAUUUACCAAAGAUGGUAAUGAAAUGAUCAAUUUUCUAAAGAAUAUAAAUUGUGAUGGAGGAGAUGAUGGCGCUGAAGAUCUAAGGAAUGGAAUCAAAUAAAUGAUAAAUAAUUUAAAAUGGGAAAAAUAUUUUAAAAUUGCUUUACUGAUAUGUGAUGCUCCAUGUCAUGGUCAAAAAUGGGCAGGAAAUGUUUUAGAUAAUCAUCCAAAUGAAGAUUUAGGAGAUGCAUUAUAAUAAUUAAUUAAUAAGAAUAUAGUUUUAAUUGGAAUUGAAUUCACUUCAAGUACAGAAGUUAUGUUUGCAUAAAUGAAAAACUAUUAUGCAAACUAAAAUAAAUAAUCUAUGUUAAUAGUAGUAGAUUUAAAAAACAAAAAUCAAGAAUAAAUCUAAGAUUAAUUAAUUAAUAUUAUUUCUGAAGCAUCCAUCUCAAUAACAGAAGUCAAUAAAACAGGAACUAAACUCAAAAAAUAAUAAAAUAUUAAUAGAGAUGGGGCAUUUGAAGCAUUAAUAAAACUAUUACCUGAUCCUACAAGAUUCAAUUUGGAUCCUAAUAUUGCUGUUAUUUAAACUAAAUUUAGUGUCUAUAAGGUUGAUAUUAACUCAAAAGCCUUUGAAAGAAACAUUACAACACUAUUUAAAAUUAGAAUUCCUUAAGAUUAUUCUAUAAUACAUGAAAGUGAAUGGAAUUGCAUAAGAACAUUAAAACCAUUUGCCUUUGGACAAAUUAAAGAGGUUUACUUGAUGAAAAAAAUAGAAAAUUCCGCUGAAAAUGAAGUAUAUGUUAUUAAAAUGCCUAUUGGGUAUUAUUCAUAUUCUAUAUUUUUAGAGGCUAAACUUAUAAAACAAUUCAAGAAGCCUUGUUAGAAUGUAGAUCACAUCUUAUUGCCAAAAAUUUAAUGCAAAGAUUUAUUUAGGAAUUAUAAGAUAACAAUCAUUAAGUUCCAAUAAAAUAUUCAGAUUUCUUAAUACUCAAAGAACAUGAUAGUAAAUAAUAUACUUAAUAUAGCUAGCUAUUGGAUUGCUGAAAGAUUUUUUUAAGGAGAAUUUAUAAAAUUUAAUAAUAACUAUGGAUACAUUAAUCCAAAAAAAGAUUUGAUAUCAAUUUUAGCCCAAGUUUUUUCUUAUUACACAUACCACAUUAGUGAAUUUUAAUACAUGGUCUGUGAUAUAUAAGGAGUAGGCUAUAAUUUUACAGAUCCAGCAAUCAAUACCGCUGAAGGAUAUCUUGAUGAAAUUGAUUAGGGACUGGAAGGCAUUGGAUAAUUUAUUAUUUCAUUUGAAAAGGAUAAACAAAACUUUUAUAAAAAGUAUUUAGAUAUUUUUGAAUUGAAUUAUUGA